AUGCUCGAUUUGACUGAGGAACGCGUCGUGCAGUACUUGCGUGACAAUCCUUCCGUACUAGAGAAUUAUGUGACAGGACCAAAUGUCUCAUCGGAGACGUUUCAAAAAUGGGUACAUCGUCGAAACAACUGGAACCAUCUACGACGUGAUGCCAGAAAGAUUUUCAACGGAGCGUGGGGGGAUACUUUUCUUGAUGAUGGAUACCUCGUGAGGUGCGAAGAGCUAGAAAAGCAAACAAGGUACAAGUCUGAGGAUUUGGAGUCACGGAGGCGUAUUAUCCUGGAUAACGGAGAUGAUCAG